CGUCAACUCAUUUGCGUCAGUCCCCAUGAUGGCUGAAGAUCCUGGAGGAACAUUUUUCGAUUGCUGUCCCACCUUUUUGUCUUUCUCUUUACCUCUGCUUGUCAUAGAGACAUGGCAGGACACACAGCCUCGAUAGGUGGCCACAGACCCCUCUUACCGCCAUGCCCAAGAAAGGGAACCGAAAACGGCUGAAAUUUCGGUCCGGGGACAUCUGCUCCGAGUCAGUGACUGUCGCUGAUUUUGCCAAUGCUGACCCAGCCGUUGUGAAGUCGGGGAGGGUGAAAAAGGCUGUCGCCAAUGCAGUUGAAAAAGAAGUGAAGUUGUUGUGUGGACUGGAGGCGUCGCAGGGUUCCUUACAGGAGGUGUUCUCGUCAGUGUCCAGCCUCACCGGAGACGCCCUUGAGAGUAGCGACGACCUCGACCCCGGGGAGGAUGGAGUGAACGAGCCUAAAGAGGCACGCAAGAAGAAAAACAAGAGAAGGAAAGAGUGUAGUGAGUGCAGUGAUGGGGAGGACUACACAGUGGAUAUCUGGCUGGUGCUGGCUUCUUAUAUCCGUCCAGAGGAUGUGUGUACGUUUGCUCUGAUCUGCAGAAACGCCUGGACCGUCACCUGCACUGCUGCCUUCUGGACCAGACUAUACAAAAGACACUACAGUCUGGAUGCUUACCUGCCAUUUCGUCUGCAGCCAGACUCCAUAGCAAGGAAGCGUUGUCUACGGGCUCGCGUGAUUCGAUCCCUCUUCCACCUGUAUGAGCCAUUCAGCUCACGUGUCUCCCUAAGCCCCGCCUUCCCCGAGUCCCCGCCCACCACGCUACUUAACUCAAAGUGUCUGCUGUUCUGGGUCAAUAAGGUUGUGGGCACUCGACCUGAGCCCAUGUGGGAGUUCAACUUCAAGUUUGUGAAGCCGGCGAUGAGGUGUAAGGCUGGCAGUGCCACCCGGGGUCUGCUGCUGCCCCGUCAGUAUGAGGAGGUCCAUGCCAACCCAGACUCAGACUGUUACCUGCUGCAGGUCACCACCCUCAACUUCAUCUUCACCUCAAUUGUCAUGGGGAUGACCCUUGCCCUGUUUAAGGUCAAUGUGAAUGCGGACAUGCGUCACUACAGAGUGUGUCUGGUGUUCCAGGACUCUCCUCUCCAGCAGGGGAGGAGGAAAGGGGAGCAGGGGGGGACACAGGUGGUGCUGGACCCUGUACACAGCGUGAGACUCAUGGACUGGUGGCAUCCUCAGUACCCUUCAUCCCCCUACACCUAGAGCCCUCAUAUUAUCCCACAUGCUCCACACAAUACCCAUUUAGUCCUAGAAAUCACUAACCAUCUGCUCGUACACCUAGAACGCCCAAAACCAUCCACAAUACAGUCUCCCUGUACACCCAGAACCUUGCUUCAUCUCACCCUUCUCCAGCCCCCAACACAGUCCUCUAGUGUAUUAUUUACAUCCCCCUACACCAAAAACCACCUACCUCCUCAGUACCCUAGCUCUCUAUAGACAAACUCUCAACUUCCAAUCCCCCUCACAUUGCCUACCCUCAGACCACCCUAUAAGUUUGUUGAACAGAUGUAGACAAUGUCAUUUCUUUUAAUAUUUCCUCUCUAACUGUGACCUCUUUAAGGGACUUUUGAUUUCACUUAUUGAUUUGACUAUUCUACGGGCCAAAAUGAUUUGCUGCUUGCGUAAUUAUUUGAUUUGAUACCUCUAAUCAUUGCUUACUUUUAAAUUGUAAUUUUAAAAACCCCACCUCCUGAUUCAUCCCCUGUGUAUUCUCCUCAGGAAGUAAUGUCAGUUCUGAGGCUGCUGCAUUGUAGCGGAGCAGCAUUUUAUAUCCUGCCUCUGUCUGUUAGAAUGUUUAUGGACACCAGGAGACCAGUCGUAUGUAAACAAUGACCAGUAGAAACAUGUCAAUCAUGCUUAAUAAAUAAAAAAAGGCGGGGUAUUUGAAGAAUCAACAUAUAAUAUCCACAGGAGACUAUUUCAGUUCUACUAUUUACUCAAUCGUCCAAUCAAAAUUAAUUUAAGAACAUUUGUGUUUGAAUUCAGAAGUUUAUCGUGUGUAGUGAAAAGCAAAGCUUUUUGUUGAUGAUCAGACCUGAAAUUGCUUUAUUGUAAAUGCAUGUAUCGCUGAUUGACCUUGUGAAGGACAUGUAUACAUGUUUGGCUAUGAGAGCCAUCCAUAAUAUCAUUCCGCAUGUAAAGUCUGGAAACUGUCUGUAUGUGUUCUGAUUGUUUGGCCAACCUCCUGCACUGUAAUACAACUGUAAAGAACCCCUUCCAUACUAUUCUGUAUUUCUCUAUCAAUGUCAAUGGGGUUUCUUACUAUCAUGUUUCACAUAUGGUGAUAUAUACUUAAAAUGUUACUGCUAUAUAGCCUGUGGGGUAAAGUGAUACAGUAUUUAGUCCUAUCCAACUGUUUCCUUGACAAUAGUGCCCUUUUGUGGUAAAUGGAGGUAAACAUGGGAAGUGUAACUUAAAAAAUAUAUAUUUUAUUUAACCAGG